CCGCCACCUGCCCGCGCCGCCUCCGCCCGCCCCCUCCGCGGCCCAACUUGGAUGGAGUUGGGGUCCUGAGCGCCUGCCCCCCGCAGCCGGCCCGCGGAGAGCCCCGCGCCGCCGCCCCCGCUCCGGCCCCCUCUCCGCUCGCUGCUCUCCGCUCCCGCGAUGGGAAAAGUUGGCGCCGGCGGCGGCUCCGCAGCCCGGCUGAGCGCGCUCCUAGCCGGCGCGGGGCUCUUGGUCCUCUGCGUCCCGGGCGCCUGCGGCGGCGGCCCCUGCUACCCCCAGCUAUCCCCCGGCGCGGCCCCGCGCUGGGCUGCGACCCCAGGUGGCUUCCCUCGCCAGGGGCCGCGAGGCAGAGCUGCUGCCACGCCCCUGCCCCUCCUUGGGCGCCCCCUGUUCGCAGUGGCCCCCGGAGACCGAGCGCUGUCCCUGGAGCGGGCCCCCGGCACCGGGGGGUCCGUGGCGGUUGCCCCACGCUCUGGCCGGCGGAGACGGAGUGAAGCGGAUCCCGGGAAGGCAGAACGGGGAGAGGGCGCGAGUCGAAGCCCCCGGGGAGUGCUAAGGGAUGGAGGGCAGCAGGAGCCUGGGACUCUGGAGCGGGACCCGGACAAAGCCACUCGCUUCCGGAUGGAGGAGCUGAGACUGACCAGCACCACGUUCGCGCUGACAGGCGACUCCGCACACAACCAAGCCAUGGUCCACUGGUCUGGCCACAACAGCAGCGUGAUUCUCAUUUUGACAAAGCUCUAUGACUAUAACCUGGGGAGCAUCACUGAGAGCUCGCUUUGGAGGUCAACUGAUUAUGGAACCACUUAUGAGAAGCUGAAUGAUAAAGUUGGUUUGAAAACAAUUCUAAGCUAUCUCUACGUGUGUCCCACCAACAAGCGUAAGAUUAUGUUACUCACAGACCCGGAGAUUGAGAGCAGCUUAUUGAUCAGCUCAGAUGAAGGGGCCACCUAUCAAAAGUACCGGCUGAACUUUUACAUCCAAAGCUUGCUUUUCCACCCCAAGCAAGAGGACUGGAUUCUGGCAUAUAGCCAAGACCAAAAGUUAUACAGCUCUGCUGAAUUUGGGAGAAGGUGGCAGCUUAUCCAGGAAGGGGUCGUACCAAACAGGUUCUACUGGUCUGUGAUGGGGUCAAAUAAGGAACCAGAUCUUGUGCAUCUCGAGGCCAGAACUGUAGAUGGUCAUUCACAGUACCUAACUUGCCGAAUGCAGAACUGCACAGAGGCCAACAGAAAUAAACCUUUCCCAGGCUACAUUGACCCAGACUCUUUGAUUGUCCAGGAUGAUUACGUGUUUGUUCAGCUGACAUCGGGAGGACGGCCACAUUACUACGUGUCCUACCGGAGGAAUGCCUUUGCCCAAAUGAAGCUGCCCAAAUAUGCUUUGCCCAAGGACAUGCAUGUCAUCAGCACAGAUGAGAAUCAAGUGUUUGCAGCGGUUCAAGAAUGGAACCAAAAUGACACCUACAACCUCUAUAUCUCAGACACCCGUGGGGUCUAUUUCACACUGGCCUUGGAGAAUGUCCAGAGCAACAGAGGUCCUGAGGGCAACAUCAUGAUCGACCUCUAUGAGGUAGCAGGGAUAAAGGGAAUGUUCUUGGCUAACAAGAAGAUUGACAAUCAAGUGAAGACUUUCAUCACGUAUAACAAAGGCCGAGACUGGCGUUUACUGCAGGCUCCAGACACGGAUCUAAGGGGGGACCCUGUGCACUGCUUACUGCCCUAUUGCUCACUACACCUUCACCUUAAGGUCUCCGAGAAUCCCUACACAUCAGGGAUCAUUGCCAGCCGAGACACAGCUCCCAGCAUCAUAGUGGCUUCAGGUAAUAUAGGUUCUGAAUUAUCAGACAGCGACAUCAGCAUGUUUGUCUCUUCAGAUGCAGGGAACACCUGGAGGCAGAUCUUUGAAGAAGAGCACAGUAUUUUGUAUCUGGAUCAGGGUGGAGUCCUGGUUGCUAUGAAGCACACGUCUCUCCCGAUUCGACAUCUCUGGUUGAGUUUUGAUGAAGGGAGAUCUUGGAGCAAAUACAGUUUCACAUCUAUUCCACUUUUUGUGGAUGGGGUUCUGGGUGAGCCUGGGGAGGAGACUCUAAUCAUGACCGUGUUUGGACACUUCAGCCACCGCUCAGAAUGGCAGCUGGUCAAAGUGGACUACAAGUCCGUGUUCGACCGACGGUGUGCCGAGGAGGACUACAGACCGUGGCAGCUGCACAGCCAGGGGGAAGCAUGCAUCAUGGGAGCAAAGAGGAUAUAUAAGAAGCGAAAAUCAGAGCGUAAGUGUAUGCAAGGAAAAUAUGCAGGAGCUAUGGAAUCUGAACCCUGUGUCUGCACAGAGGCCGAUUUUGACUGUGACUAUGGGUAUGAGCGACACAGCAAUGGUCAGUGUCUGCCAGCAUUUUGGUUCAAUCCAUCUUCUCUGUCAAAGGACUGCAGCUUGGGACAGAGUUAUCUCAACAGUACUGGGUAUAGGAAAGUCGUUUCCAAUAACUGCACGGACGGAGUGAGAGAACAGUACACCGCCAAACCGCAGAAGUGUCCCGGGAAGGCCCCCCGAGGGCUGCGCAUCGUCACUGCAGAUGGAAAGUUGACAGCAGAGCAAGGGCACAAUGUUACCCUCAUGGUGCAGCUGGAAGAGGGUGACGUCCAGAGGACACUCAUCCAAGUGGACUUUGGUGAUGGCAUUGCAGUGUCUUAUGUCAACCUCAGCUCCAUGGAAGAUGGGAUCAAGCAUGUCUAUCACAACGUGGGCAUUUUCCGAGUGACCGUGCAGGUGGACAACAGUCUGGGCUCUGACAGCGCCGUCCUGUACUUACAUGUAACUUGUCCCCUGGAGCAUGUACACCUGUCUCUUCCCUUUGUCACCACGAAGAACAAAGAGGUCAACGCAACGGCAGUGCUGUGGCCCAGCCAAGUGGGCACCCUUACUUACGUGUGGUGGUACGGAAACAACACGGAGCCUCUGAUCACCUUGGAGGGAAGCAUAUCAUUCAAGUUUACUUCGGAAGGGAUGAACACCAUCACAGUGCAGGUCUCAGCUGGGAACGCCAUCCUGCAAGACACGAAGACCAUCGCGGUGUAUGAGGAAUUCCGAUCCCUUCGCCUGUCCUUCUCUCCGAACCUGGAUGACUACAACCCUGAUAUCCCUGAGUGGAGGAGGGACAUCAGCCGAGUCAUCAAAAAAUCCCUGGUGGAAGCCACCGGGGUCCCAGGCCAGCACAUCCUGGUGGCGGUGCUCCCUGGCUUACCCACCGCCGCUGAGCUCUUUGUCUUGCCCUAUCAGGAUCCGACUGGAGAAAACAAACGGUCGGCUGAGGACCUAGAGCAGAUAUCAGAACUGCUGAUCCACAAGCUCAACCAAAACUUGGUGCACUUUGAGCUGAAGCCUGGGGUCCAAAUCCUUGUCCACGCAGCCCACUUAACAGCAGCCCCGCUGGUGGACCUCACUCCAACCCACAGUGGAUCCGCCAUGCUGAUGCUGCUCUCGGUGCUGUUUGUAGGGCUGGCCGUGUUCGUCAUCUACAAGUUUAAAAGGAAGAUCCCGGGGAUUAAUGUUUAUGCCCAGAUGCAGAAUGAGAAAGAACGAGAGAUGGUCAGUCGGGUCAGUCACACUGAAAGCAGGGCCCAUAUCCCUCAGACUGAACUAAGGCGGCCUGGCCAACUGAUAGAUGAGAAGGUGGAAUGCCAGCUCAUAGGAAGUAUUUCCAUAGUUGCUGAGAAUCAAAGCACAAAAGAGAUCCCUACCUAUGUAAAUGUUUGAAUGGAGGACGCCAGUAAAAACAAAAACAAACAAACAAAUAAAAUAAAAAACGAUCAAAAUCCAAACAGACAGACAGACAAACAAACACUCACUGCAUCGGGACUUUUUAAUUCUUCAGACACAGACGACAAGGGUUUUUAGCUUUAAGCCUGUGCAUGUGGACAAUACCUUGAACGUGCUUGGAGGGGCAGUGUGGUGGUGCUGUAUUUUAAUGGAAAAACACUCCCCUCCCCCUUUCCUCUCCUCUCUCUCUUUUCUGAUCCGUCGUGUUUGUAGAAAAUUCAUAACAUGUAGAGGCCAAGGAAAUCUGCAUGUGUUUUUGGAAAUAUUCUUGGCUCUCGACUUAACAGCUAUUUUAGCCCUAGAGGCUGAUGGGGGGCAUUAGCCGCCCCAGCGCCUUUCAUAAGACACAAAGACAUGCACAGGAGUGUGAAACCCUGAGCUGUUUCUCUGUCCCAGUUUCUUUUCUAAGUUAUCUCUGGUAGCUCCGGUGGCCAGCCAUGGCCACAGGACUGCUUGCGUUCUUGCAUUCUGUGCAGCCACAGGGACGAAGGAGCGAGGUGGAGUUCCACAUACGGGCAGACUAGGGAAGGCAGGGAGUGGGGGCAAGCAUGUCAGAAGUGGAUCUCUGUUUCCUGUUCACCUCUUCUCGUCGCCAAGGCUUUCCCUUGUAGCUUUCUUACUCCUGUCCCCCAGCUUACGUAGAAGAGAGAAUCCCAGGUCCCCAUUGUCUGGCCUCCCCAUUUGUUUGCUACCCAUGUGUGGUCAUGAUCUGUUGAUGUCUUUGUACCUCUUCCUUCCAGUCUCCAAGUUGUCUUUCAACUCCUACUUUUUCUUCCCAAACAUGUUACUGGAUUCUAGACAUUAACUUCAGUGUUCCCUAAAUACUGGCCUGGUCUCUGCUGGCCUUGCCCCCCACCACCCACACAUGUCAGCAUGCCAACUUCCCUACACACUGACCCAGCUGCAUCCUGCCCUGCAGGUUUCGGCUCCAUGUAUCCUUUGUCCCCUCCUGUAGAACCUGCCUCUUCCAAAUAGCUUUGCCUUUUCCCACCUGGAAACAUGCAGAGCGUGUGAAAGAGUUGAUGUAUGCAAAAUGAUUCAAACCUGGCCAUGUACACUGGAAAAGAAAGCAUACAGAUGAAUAGUGGUAUUCUCACACCUUAACAAAAAUCUCGUGUGCAGAUUCCAGAAUAUUCUUGUGAGAAAUGUUUCGAAUGUGUUACUAUGUGGCAGGGCAAUUUCCUUCUGUAAUGGUUGCUAUUACCCAGUAUUUGUUCUCUCACAAUACAGUAAAAAUAUUUGUAAAAUAAAACUGAUUUUAACCAGAA